UAGCUUGUUUUAGACAUAUAGUAAUUAUGUUAGUAAUUGCAGAAUAAAUGCACCUGCAAUUUUAUGUUACAAUUACCACUGUGCAACAGUUACAUUUGUAUAUAAUAAUGGUUGUAUGAUCAGACUGUACAAAAGUACAUACUUAGUUUAAAUCACAAGUCUAGAAUCAGUCAAAUACACAAGUAAUAGCUGCUUUUAUUCUGUGAUGUGACAUUGGAAUAAGCUGGUACCAGUAUUUUGUGGCUGAAGUCUAGAUAGUUACUGGAUAUUUGUUGAUUGCUCUUCAAAUGUUGCUUUCGUUCCUGUGUUUUAUUGGACAUCUAUGGAAACUUUUGAAAUUCUUAUUUUGAAAUACCAACAUAAUUAUGAUUGAAUUGAGCUUCUCAAACUUGUGGUAUACAAAGUGCAGUGUGAUCUGCAGAAGAUCUGAAACCAGAUGACCACCUGCAUUGGAUCUGAGAUACUUUGUCUCAAUAAAUUGGAUCUGAAACCCCACCUGCAUCGAAUCUGAAAUAGUGUCGUCUCAAUGCUUAAGAUCUAACAUUUGUGUCACAAGUAAUAAAGCUGAGUGAGUUGUAAUCCACCUGCAUUGGAUUUGAGAGAGUGAUAUCCACACACAAGAACUCUGUGAGUAAAUUUCCACAUGCAUAUAAAAUAAUUAAAUUAUCAGAAUUCAUAAACUAUUAAUGAUCUUUGUCACAUGGGUUUGUUUUUGAAUGGAAAUCAAAUUAAAGUGACUUUAGUGGAUUUUCACCUGUAGAUGAUCUGAGAGCAUUGUCAUUUGCGAUACUUGCUAGUAAGCAGCAUGUGGGCGACAAUUUUCCUGCUUGGGUGUCUUAUGGUCUGCGUUCCUGCUCUUGUAUUUGUGCGGGAACCUGAAGACAGAAUCACAGAGUUCGAGAAACCCAUGUGGUGGCACUGCCAAGCUGUAAAUGGAACUGCAAAUAUUGAAUACAGAUGGGAGUUUAAAUCACAACGCCUGCCUCGCAAUGGAGAUCAGACUGUGUUUCCUAAUGGAACGCUAGUCCUGCAUCGUGUGACGUAUGAUGAUGUCGGGACCUACAGAUGUACUGCCAACUCUGGAGACAAACAACUAAAAUCCAGGGAGGCAACGCUGCAAAUAGCUUCAUUAGCUAAUUCGUUCAGUCUAAGUCCUGCGCCACGGACUGUUAGCCUUGGUGACGUUGCUGAGCUGGUGUGCCACAUAACCAGUCUGCCCCCUGCAGAUGUACAGUGGCUGCUGAAUGGGGAACCAGUCUCUGCAGAUGUUACAGUGACAACCGGAACUCAAGGUGAGAGUAUUUUGAAGCUCUCCCCUGCACUGUACCAGCACUCUGGGAUAUACAAGUGUAAGGCCACUAACCCUGUCAACCGUGUGUUCAAAUACAGUAUGGAGGCAGGUGUCACCGUUCUUGGCCAGCCAGUAUUCCUAGCAGAGCUUCAAGAUCUUGAGAUUCCACUUGGUUACUCGGCAACAUUCAUCUGCAGUUUCCAUGGCAACCCAACUCCUACAGUCAAAUGGUACAAACAUACAGUUGACGCAGCGAAUGAGGUCACAAGCAAAGAGUUAAAGGCAUCUUCAAAGUAUGAGUUGUUCAACAACGGCACUCUUCGUGUACACAACGUAGAGUAUGAGGACGUGGCCUUCUACACCUGCACUGCGGGAAAUGCAUUCGGGGAAAUAUCAGAAUCUGCUAGGCUCAAUAUUUCUGGUGAUGCCGAGGCACCCAGCUUCUCAGUUCCUCCCAGGAAUGUGACUGUGAGAAAGGGGGCUAUGCUUUCACUGGAGUGCAAGUGUGCUGGAAAGCCUUCCCCAGCAGUUAGCUGGAUCCGACAGACUGGUGAGAGGCUCAACUCCAGUAAAGGCGUGCUGACAUUUGCCCAGGCCACCAUAGAGAACAUGGGCUUCUAUACAUGUACCUGUGUGAACGAGGAAGGGGCAGUGAAUAAAACAGUUUACCUCGACGUUCAAACCCCACCAAAUAUAGAGACCUCAUCCGGAACUAUUCUGGUGCUCGCAGGGGAGGCAGUGACCUUGAACUGUGUUUCUAAUGGCAACCCAGCCCCUAAUGUCUCCUGGCAGACACCUACAAGAGGUCUCAAUCUCACUUCACCGAGCUCUUCAGGCCUGCAAACCAUCUCGAGCACUGGAGAUCUGACCUUGACCUCUGUGCAGAUCAACGAUACUGGGUCAUACACUUGUACCGCCAGCAAUGACCUUGGAAUGGCCACUGUCACCCAUACAUUACAAGUAGAAGUUGCCCCGGUGAUAGUUCAGUCCCCCGUCAGUCAGGGCCUGGUCCAGGGCUCCUCGGUGUACCUACAUUGCCGCGCAGAAGGGAUUCCCAGCCCUUCCCACACCUGGUCAAGAAACGGUCAGGACAUAGGGACCAUACUGAUUCACUCUCAGGUUUUUCUCAACAACACAUUGUUAAUUCGCAACUUGACAACUGCAGACACAGGUGUGUACAGGUGCACGGCACACAAUCGCCAUGGUACUGCUGAGGCUGUCGCUACAGUGACUGUCACAGUCCCACCAACGUUCAGCGUCACACCACGCAAUCAGACAGUGAGGGUUGGAGAAUCUGUGGCCCUGCAGUGUGUUGCUAAUGGUGACCCGGUACCCACACAGUGGUGGCUGAAAGCUGGAGCCCAGCUUGUGAUAGACAACAACAUGAGGCUGUCAACAGAUAAGUCUGGGCUGGUCAUAUCCAACAUUCGGCCCUCACAGUUUGGAGAGUAUUCUUGUGUAGCCUCUAAUGUUGCCGCCACGAACACAGUGUCUGCAUGGCUUCUUGAAAAUGAUCUCCCACUAUUCACAGUCUACCCACGCAACAUAACAGUAAACCAGUCUGACACCAUGACCUUGAACUGCCUGGGUCAAGCCAGAAAUGACCCUACAGUCAGGUGGUACAGGGGACAGAGUGGGGAUUUGACCCCGAUCCAGCCUAGCAAUAGAGUGGUUAUUAGCCCUGGGGGCUCUUUAGCUCUACAGGCUGUGACUAUAGCAGACGAGGGAUGGUACAUGUGUGAGCUAGCUAACAGCUUUGGCUCAGUCAAUCACAGUGCCUUCAUCAAUGUUCAAGUGGCUCCAGCAAUAUCAAGUAUCAGCCCCACCCAGUACACGAGUGUGAAUUCAUCUGUCACUCUUCACUGCUCUGCCACUGGUGACCCUGUCCCUUCAUAUGAGUGGUUCACACCCACUGGUGUCCUAGCCACACCCCGAGCCACGUCCUCCCCUGGAAAUGUUGGUACAUUUGUGAUAGCCAGUGUCCAGCCAGGUGAUCAAGGCCAGUGGUCAUGUAGAAGUUGUAACUUGCUGGGAUGUGACACGGCUGGAGUAAAAAUACUCAUAGAAGGUCUGCCAGAAAUUCUUGACUUCUCUGGAAAAACAUCCAUCAGCCAUGUUGAACUAGAAUGCCGUGCCAUUGGUCAGCCUGUUCCCACGGUUACUGUGACUUCCGGUCAGCAGCCAGUGACCUCUGACCUUUCAGGACACACUGUGACUAAGUUCCAGCUAGAUGGCAUUGUGGGUAAACGUGUGACAAUCAAUGCGGGCAGGGUCAUGACACAGUACACGUGUAUUGCUGAAAACAGGCAGGGAAAGGAUCAGUUAACCAUUACAGUACCAUCUACAACUGCCAGGCCCAAUAUUACCAGCCUUGGACCAGGGUGGGCAACCCUGUCCUGGAUGCAGUCAAAGAAUACCAGUGGUCUCCCUUUGAUUGAAUACAUAAUACAAGGCAGCACAGACAGGCAAACAUGGAAGGAUCUGAAAUCUGUAACAUUAAAUAUCACUAAAAAUGGAACAUCACUUGUUGGAACUUCACAGAAUAUUGACAAUGGUUUUGUGUCUGCAAAUGUGUCAGCGCUUCAACCCUACUCAUUGUACACGUUUCGGGUUUUGCCUGUGAACAUCCUCGGCCGCGGCUCGGGCGAGUCAUCGGACAGAGUGAGGACACUGGCUGCAGCACCAGACCCACCAAUUAAUGUAGCAAACCUGGAGGUCAAGGCAGGCAUCUUUGUACUGAUGUGGGACCCUCCUCUCCGUCUCAAUGGGCCUGUGGAUGAAGUCUUAUAUGGAUACUCUGUGGAGAAAUUUGUUGACAAUAAACCAGUAAAGUUGUUGGAAGGAGAGAUAUUACACAAUCAGACAAAUCAAGUGGAAAUCAGAGGCCUAGCUGAAGCAGGGAAGUAUGUGCUGUCAGUCUGGUCACACAAUGUUGCCCUAAACAAGUCCAGUAAACCUGUAACUGUGGAUAUAGACUUCACCUCUAGCCUUAGUGUUACGGGCCAGGAAUCACCUUCGGACGAAGACACCCUGCAGACGCCACAUCUGAUCGCAGUUAUAGUGGGCAGCGUGACCGCAGCGGUGCUCCUUGGUAUCGGUGUCUGCCUCCUGUACCACGCCCGACAACGCAAGAAGACCAAGAGCCUAUCCAUUGUAGAUCAUCAGCUCUCACUGGACCAGUUCUACAUGGAGAAUCCUCGCUCCCUCUACGAAGACGACAUGAAAUCGUUGAAGCGUAUCAGCCGCAUCAGUUUCUACAGUGUGGAAAGCAUGCAGAGUAAUCGCUCCCUGAACUUCACUGGGAAAGGGUCCCCACACAGGGAUUCCUUGAUUGAGAGUUCUGUACAUUUGAUCUCCAGCACCCCUAUAGGAGCUAGGAACAAACAGCUGACCACAAGUCAAAGUGUCGGCUCCGUGAGAGAUGUUGACAUUUCAAAGGAUAAACCAAAACCCUCGAAACUUCUUCAUUCAAAAUCGUCUGAUCACUUGCUUGACGAUGACUCUCGAGAAGGGACGGUACAAAAGCCGUCACAACUACAUCACACGUCUCAGUCUCGGCCCUUGAGUUUACCCGUCUCGUCAGAGGGAGGACCAGAGAAUGCUCGCUUGAUGGACCCCGAGAAACAACUGACACCUCUUUCGGCAAACAGCCUUGAGAAAGAUGUUUUCGGAUUGUGUAGAGAUCCAUCGAAAGUUCCAUCAAGUGAUAUUAUAUACGACGCCUUGAAUGAUCAACAUAAUAAUGUAUCAUCUGAAACAUGUCAUAAAACAGAUAAAAACAGAAAUUACAAAACAGUGUUUAAGCCUACUAGUGAAAUUCCAAUGAUUCAUAAGAGUUGUUCCAGAGAUACAAAAUCAGCAUCCCCGUGCACCUCAUUGUGGGAAAUUGCCCGUGCACCUGUGCGCGUGAGUUCGCUCGAUGCCUUAAGAUAUAGUCUGUAUUCGUCAAAAGAAGAUAACUCAACAGAACAAAAUUCAUUUGAUGACUAUGCGUUCACAAGACAUUAUUUACAUGGAGUUACUAAUAGGUCUGAGAAGGCUGAUAAAGUGCCUGCAAAACAGGGUACCAGCAUUUGUAGACCGCAGCGACCACAUAUAGCGAAUGACAAUUUCUUGACAGACGACAAGAUUAGAUUGGAAUCUCAAGGUGCACAUUUAUAUUGAUUAUUACCGUUUGAAUAAAGUGUUCAUGUAAACUAUUGUGGCCAUAUAGAUUACUAUUGAGUCAUUUAUGUGACUAUUUGGUUAUUAACGUGACUAUGUUUUUAUUUAUGUGACUUUUUGGUAAAUUAGGUUGAUGUUCUCUACAGUAGAUCUGCAAGAAAUGCAUUCUAUUUGCAAAAUAUAACCAUACUUUAAAGUGCAAUAACAUUUCAUGUACAUAGUGCAUGUUAUAUGUCAUUAGCGUUCAAAAGUGUCAUUUCAUUAAAUGUUUUUGUGGCUCAUUUUCACCUAAGACGUAUAUUAACAGGUCAAUAAUAUGUUGGUCAUAACAAUUUACAAAUGUAAAAUAUUUUUCAUUUGAAAAAGUUGCGUAAGUGUUUAAUGGUUGUUUUGUGGUUGUUUUGUGCAAUUUAUUAAAGUACACAUCCAUAAGGAGGUAUCAUAUGUAUUGUUGAUGAAUUCUUACUAUGUUUUUAAGAGAAAUUAUGAUAUGUUAAUUCCUAUAUUUGUCUUUAUAUAAUUCUGUGAUAUUACAUUUGUAUUAAACAUGUAUGUAUACAUAUAUUCAUGCUAGUUUCAUUUCAUUAGCAUAACAGCAUAUACUAAAGCAUUUGUGCUUUUAUACAUGUAUUUACAUGAAGUGAGUGAAUACUGUUUAUACUAUUGUUAUAAUGAUAUAAAUAUUUGCUAUAUUUGUUAUGUACAACUUGCCAUGUAUUAAUUUUGUAUGGAGUCAUAAAAGCUGCCAUGUAUUUUUUUAUAAUCAAUAUUUUAAUAAUACCAUGCUAGGAAGUAUACAGAUGUAGCUAUUUUUGUAAUAUUAUCAAUUAAACUUACAACUUCA